AUGCCAUCUCUAAUGCCCGCUCCAGUGCCAGCUCCAUUAGAUGCCGGCUCCAGUGCCAGCUCUGAUGCCCGCUCCAGUGGCAGCUCCAGUACCCGCUCCGGUGCCCGCUACGGUGCCAGCUCCGGUGCCAGCUCUAACGCCCACUCCUGUGCCCACUCUUGUGCCCACCCCUAUUCCCGCUCCUGUUCCUGCUCAUGUUCCCGCUCUUGUGUCCGCUCCGGUGACCGCUCGAGUGACUACUCCGAUGUUCCCCUCGAUGCCAGCUCCUGUGCCAGCUCCAAUGCCGGCUCCAAUGCCCCUUCCGCUCCCUUCACCGUUCCUCCACCGCACUGGCACCUCCUCUCCCCCUCUUACUGGUCUUCCCUCUCCCUCUUCGCACCCUCCGCCAACUACUGUUUGUCUCACUCGCCUAUUCUGCUCAUAUUUGACUACUAA